AUGGUUGGUAACUCUGAAACACACGUCAUGCAUUUUAUCUGGCCGCCGGGCUACGACGAUUUGCCCGAAGUCGUUCAGACAUGUUACACAACUAACGGCGACUUGGCGUACUUAGCUGUCGGUAUCAACGUUAUACCGUUUUGCCUGUCGCUGGUAAUAGUAGUUAUUCUCAACGCCAUCAUAUGCAUCAAGAUUUUACGUGAGAAUAAAAUUGGUGAGUCGGCUCGGUCUAAAAGCAGUUUAACCGCUCGUAACCAAGUCGUACGUAUGUUGUUCGUCACAAGCAUACUGUUCUUCAUACUACUCUUUCCGUUUGAAUUUGCAUCUAUAUCACCGCUCUUUGACCCGGACCCAGCCGGUACAGGGGCAAUCCCUGUAGAAAUAUUUGGAGCCUGGAUUCAAUACUCGCGAGUUCUUUCCUAUAUCAACUCAGUCAUCAACCCUAUAAUAUACAAUGCCAUGAGCGCCAGGUAUAGAAAAGCUUUCGUCACGGCGUUUCUCUGUCGUGAAGCUGGAAAAACAGAGAAAAGAAACACUUCGUACUCAACAAGAGUUACAUCGGCUGCUUCAAGUGUUCGUUAUACGCACAAUAAAUCAGUUAAAGUUGGGGAUGACAUUCCAAUUGAUCCAGUUUCUUGCGAUAGUAUCAAAUUCAACACAGAAGACACUGUGGUUGAUAAUUACCAUAACAAUGAUACCAGUUUUAAUGCUACUUAA